AUUACAAUCGUAGAGCUGAAGAAGAUGUACUCAAAGAAGAUUCCCAUUACGAUGGCGACAGCGUACGAUUUUCCUUCAGCUGUCCAUGUUGACCUUGCAGGAAUUGACGUGGUCUUGGUGGGCGAUUCCCUGGGAAUGGUUGUCCUAGGCUAUGAUACAACACUGCCUGUUACAUUUGACGAAAUAUUGCAUCACUGCAGGAAUCACACUUAUGCCUCAAAACUAGCUGUUUCAAGGGGCUGCAAAAGACCGUUGUUGGUAGGGGACCUUCCCUUUGGAAGCUAUGAGAUCAGCGCACAGGAAGCUCAGAGGAAUGCCUACAGGCUCUUGAAGGCAGCUACUCUCACUUCUAUCAAACUCGAGGGCGCUGAUGCGGCAAGACUUCGGACAGUUGAAACGCUCGUCAAUGGGGGGAUCGCAGUGAUGGGGCAUAUCGGGUUGACUCCACAGAGCUAUUCAACACUUGGAGGGUUUCGCGCCCAAGGCAAACAUGCUCAGCAGGCAGUAUCGCUGAUUGAACAAGCCCGACAACUGGUGAACGCCGGAGUGUUUGCCAUUGUACUAGAAUGUGUGCCAGCCGAGGUGGCAAAGGAGGUGACAGAAAGAAUCUCAGUCCCAACGAUAGGAAUCGGCGCUGGGAUGCACACAAGUGGUCAAGUGCUGGUCUAUCAUGACCUGCUAGGCAUGAUGCAGCACCCUCACCAUGCCAAAGUGACUCCAAAGUUUUGCAAACAAUUCAGCUCGGUCGGAGUCACAAUCAACGAGGCUCUGAAGGAGUUCCGACGAGAGGUCCGAGAAAGAUCUUUCCCUGACCUUAACUUCUCGCCCUACAAAAUGGCUGCUGGCGAGCUGGAGAUUUUCAAACAGAAGCUGGUCGAACUUGAUCGUAGUUCUGGGAGCUCUAGGAGUGAUUCUGUUUCGACGGAAUCGGAGGAGACGAAGGUCUACUGA